ACGGAGGAGUGUAACUGGUCAUUUGUAAUUGCUAUACUUGUGCGCAUGCUCGUAAUGAACUGACAAAACUAAUGCCGAUUUUCGACGAAUAACGUAUAGUCAUUGUGCGAGAGCUUACUUCUUGGCUUGUUAAAAAUAAAGUUACCGACGGUUGUUUUUAACGCUGUCUGCUAUUGCAAUGUGCAGUCUAGGAAAAACAAAGGAAUGUAGUUUGUGUUUGUGUUGUGGAAUUUUGUCAUUCUCUGAUUUCAGAUUUAAGUAGAUAAACCAAUUUAAUUGAAUAAUGGCUUCUGCUGUGUUUGAUGCAAUAUAUGAAGAAGUAGAUGAAGAUCCAUAUCCAGAUGAUUGUACGAUUGAACCUGUAGUAAUUCGUGGUGCAGGUAAUAUGACUGUGUUCGGAUUGAGCAAUCGCUUUGUUUCCGAUUUUCCAUCAGCUCUUACUGGCAGAGUGGCACCAGAAGAAUUCAAAGCAACCAUAACACGAGUGAAUUUGGUUCUUCGGAAAAAUUUACCUGUUAAUGUAAAGUGGCUAUUUUGUGGAUGUUUGUGUUGUUGCUGUACUUUAGGAUGUUCUUUAUGGCCUGUUAUUUGUUUAAGUAGAAAAACUAGACAUUCAAUUAUAAAAGUACUCGAAUGGGAGAAUUCACGAUUGUAUCAUAAAUUAGGAUUGCACUGGCGGCUAAAUAAGCAGUGGUGUGACACAAACAAUAUGAUGGAAUAUGUACUCCUCAUUGAAUUCAUUCCAAAAGUGCCUAUUCAUCGACCCGAUUAAUCUUUGAUUUCAUUUUCACUGCCAUUUGACAUUUGAAACUGUCACAUUGUGUCUUAGUUCUAGAUUUUUCUUGAAUUUCAGAAAAUUAAUGUGUUUAUGUAUCUUUGAUCAUUUAAAAUGUUACUUCACAGAGAUGUUUUUCAUAAUCGUCUACUAGUCUUUUGUUGCAAUGAACAAAUAGUUAUAAAACUAUCAACGAAUUUUUUUUGAGAAUAAAGUUGCCUGAUUCAAUUUGUUAAAUUUUUUAUCUUCUUAUUUCUGCAAUGUCUACUGUCUUAAUUUUGCUGUGUUACAGCCAUUGUUAAUCAGGUUAAAGUUUAAAAAAAAAUUGUUUAUGAUUGUUUGUAUCCAUUUUCAUGUCGAAGAAUGUAAUUAGUUAAAAUCAUUCAUUUUAGAGGAAAAGUAAUAGUAAUUGCACAAAAUGUAAAGCUGUAUGUUUAUGAUAAUUAACAAUUAUAACUGACAAGUUUACUAGUUCUUACUUAUAAAUUGUAGUUCAGUCAUAUACACUGGAUGUAAUAAGUAUGAAUAUAAGCACAAUUUGAAAGAAAAAAAAUUACAUACAAAAUAUGUAGGUAAAUUUUGUUAGUCAUAUUUUUAAAUUAUAAUAGAAUAAUUUAUUCUUGUUGGUGUAAAAAUUCUCUUGCAUAGUGUA